AUGGACGAUUUAAGUGUAUAUGCAGUGUUUGGGGUAGACGAUCCACCGCGACAGAUUUUAAGUGAACCUGAAUCGGCAUCCAUUGUAGUACCUCCGUUUGUCCAGCAGGUGGUAUUGUUUACCAGUGGGAGAUGGGGAAAUCGUACCAGCGUCUCAGUCGAGCUUAAAGACGCAGGAGAUAUGCCCGUCGUUACUGGCAAGCUAACCCCACUCAGCAAAUCUUUGUCAUGGGAGUAUAGUGAGGAUGGUGUUUGGUCUUCUGGUGCAACUUUAUCAGUCAAACUUGAGGGGAAGAACAUGAGCGACCUGAGUGACCCUGUACUCGCUAUGUGUGGAAAGGAAUGCACUCCUGAGAGCAAUGUAACAGUUCCUGUCGUGCGAGAGGGUUUGGGUAAGAGGAAGAGGGGAAAGGAAGAAGAGGAGCACACAGGGCAAGAGAAUCUGUGCCCCAAUGCCCGCUCACCCUCUGAACAAGCCACUCCACACAGACGUGGCAGGAACAACCCCCGAGGCAGACAGACACUCCUGUUCCACCCGAAAGAGGAGAAGGCCGCCGGCUGUACCCCUCAGAACCAAAGAGCUAAGGGAAAACAGGCUAAAACUCCCGCUCAGGCUGCUCCCUUGGAUAGUCCGUCAGGUCGCUGGGGUCAGACCCUCUGUCUUAUUGACCCUCAAACAGCCAUUCUGAUUGGAGGACAGGGCUCCAGAAUGCAGUUCUGUAAAGAUCCCAUCUGGAAGCUUUGCAUUGAGGACCUGUCUUGGGUUCCGGCAGAAACUCUCGCGGAGGGACCCACUCCCGAGGCUCGCAUUGGUCAUACCGCCGCUUAUGACCCGGACUCAAAACGGAUCUUUGUGUUUGGUGGCUCCAAACACAAGAAGUGGUUCAACGACGUCCACAUCUUAGACACUCAGAGCUGGCGUUGGACCAUGGUAGAGGCACAGGGUAAAGUUCCUCCUUUGGCCUAUCACAGCUGCAGUCUUUUCAGGGGGGAGCUCUUUGUGUUUGGAGGGGUGUUCCCUCGCCCCCACCCCGAACCUGAUGGAUGCAGUGACUCCAUCUACAUCUUCAACCCCGACAUGGCCAUUUGGUAUCAGCCCAUCGUCAACGGCGACCGACCUGCACCACGUUCUGGGCAUUCUGCUUGCGUUAUCCAGGGGAAAAUCUUUGUUUUCGGGGGUUGGGACACUCCUGUGUGCUUCAAUGAUAUGUAUACCUUGGACCUGGGACUGAUGGAGUUUUCAGCUGUGAAGACGAGUGGAGCGGCACCCUCGCCGAGAAGUUGGCAUGGCUGUGCUGUUCUCUCGGACUCGCGCUUCUUGGUCCAUGGAGGGUAUGACGGAAACAACGCCCUGAGUGACACCUUCAUCUUCCACACAGACACAAGCUGCUGGACAUCUGUUGUUCACCCGCAGCUUACCUCUGUACCCCGAGCUGGACAUUCCAUAAUCGCCAUGGCAACAGCGCACCUGAAGGGUUUUAUGGAUGAAGCAGAGCGUGGAGAGGACACAGAUUCAGCCCAUCAGACCUUACUGAUUUUUGGAGGAGGAGAUAACGAAGGAAAGUUCUUUUCAGACCUCAUCACUAUGCACCUGGAGGAACUUGUGGAUGAAGAUUUGCCUUAG